AUCCUUAGCAACUCAGCUUCUUUUCUUCACCAGCAAACUUAUCAAAAUGGCUUUUGCUAAUGGACAAGUAUUUCUCUUACUUGCAGUAUUGUUCUCAUCCAUGUUUGCCAUUGGAUUAGCCAACUAUGACUUCAAUUGGGGUCCUACAACAUGGAACAAAACCAAUUGCCCUUAUUCUCAUCCCCCAAAUGCUACUCAGACCUCCAAUAGAUUCAUCGUUGGAGGUUCGGAAAAUUGGCAUUAUGGCUUCAACUACAUGGAUUGGGCUCGAAACAAUGGUCCGUUCUUUGUUAAUGACACCUUAGUGUUCAAGUAUGAUCCACCAAAUGUAAAUGGUACUGGAUUUCCACACAGUGUUUAUUUAUUCUCAAAUUAUCGGAGCUUCAUUAAGUGCGACUUGAGGAGAGCUAAAAGGAUAGCAGAUCCAAGUCAAGGUACAGGGGAAGGAUUUGAGUUUGUGUUAAAGAAAAUGCAGACUUACUAUUUUGGUUGUGGAGAACACAAAGGAAUUCAUUGCAAGACAGGGAACAUGAAGUUUGCUGUGAUGCCUCUCAAACAUUGGCAUUUCUAAAUUAAACAGGAGCAGCAUGUUGUGUCUAUGCCUUAGAAUUUGGAAGAUGCAUAUUGAUUAAUUACACUUUUUAUUUUUAUGAUUUUUGUGUUUUACUUGAAUAAA